UUGUGAAGAUGUGAGCCUCAUUACCAUGCAGCUACUUACAUGAUAUUCAGAAAAUGUUGCUAUACUACACAUCUCGUGGCUUUUACCACAUUACUAUACACCACUAUUGACAGCUAUUCUGUAUGGAGUUAUAAUUAUAUAGCUACAUGUGUUCCUGGUAACACAUACGUGUGUAUAGCAUAUAUAAAGCUACUGAUAUAAUAAUAGUAACGGCAACGCAAACAUAAUUAUAUGCAAUGCAUGCAGUGUUACCAUAAUAGAGUUGGUAAUAAUUAUGGUCUUCAAUAGUAGUGAGUCACUGCUCCAACUUCUGUCCAAUAUGAUAGAACAUAUACUCUGUUUGGGGGUAACAUGCUCCAAUGCACACUUAAUUAGGGACCAUUUCAUAUUUUAUUUCCCCCUUUGCACAUCUAACCGCAUGGUGGCCACUCAGGAGAAAGCAAUUACUAACACAAUCUGUCCAAUUUGUUUGUAGUCAAAACAUCAAUUUGACUGUGUACAUAAGCACACCACAUCAAGCUGUGAAGGUUACACCACACAUGAUUACAGUCAUUGAGGAAGCACACCACAUCAAGCUAUGAAGGUUACACCACACAUGAUUAUACAGUCAUGAGGAAGCACACCACAUCAAGCUGUGAAGGUUACACCACACAUGAUUACUGUCAUGAGGAAGCACACCACAUCAAGCUGUGAAGGUUACACCACAUGAUUGCAUGUCAUUGAGGUUGCCAACUACUGUCUCUGAUCUAGCCACACCAAUAAGCUUCAAAAUAAUCCCUAGCAUAAUUAUGUUCCCACCUAAUGUGCAAACAACCACUCUUUUUACAGUCAGGUUGAGGUGGCCACCACUGCAUGCAUAAACAAAUGUCACAGCACUGAGCUCACUACAUGCAUACCAUGUAAUGAUGUUCACUGGAAAAAGAGUGCAUAAUUAUAGUUGUAGUUGAAUACAGUACACACAAGCACUAUACACAUAUAAUGUUCUCACACUCUUUGGAAUUGUUUCAUUUCUGUUUUGAAGUCCAGGUGGAACCUCCGACAGAACUUUGCAAGAAAGAAAAGAAUACUGUCCUUUCAAAUCUUGGUGUAUGUAGGGAGUGCAUUGUCGAAAUGGGAAUGUCAUACAAAUUUGGUAUCAUGCAAGUUGUACACACAUGCAGAGUAAUGGGCAAGGGAAAUUUAGCAUCAUGUGAAAAAUACGACACAAAUUACGCACAAAGUGAAGCGAGACUAUACGUACAAAUCGACACUUAAUAAAGGGAUCGAUUAAAACACACAAAUAACUCUGGUGGGACUGGAACCAACAACCACGCAGGCCACACUAGUGUGGGUGGUAUACUAACCAUGAACCUCUUAAACAACACCUGUUUAUCACAUGUUAGGCUAUAAAAAGGGCUAUUGAAUUGAGGAUUGAAAAUGUUGGGCACAUCACAUCACUAACUGAACAAUCUCUGGGUGGUUUAUAGGAGACCAGUGCUGCUUUAAACAAUAGGCCAUGGCCACAGAGCCUUUUUAUUAACAAACCAUUAUCCUAUGCUCUCUUUCUUCUUUAAACAAAUAGAACUGUACCUGCAUGGUCACAAAAUAUGCAGGCCAGUCAAGUAUAGACACCUGAAGAUGCAGGUAUAGUAUAAUAAUUAUAUAGAACAUUGGAAUGAGACUAUACAUGGGAGAACAAGCUGCAACUAUUUUUACCUGCUAUAUAGGCCAGUACAGUAUAUAAGAUAGGGGGACAUGAAGCUAAUAACAGAGGGCGUCACAGGUAGAAAGAUUCUCAGGCUGUUAUACGUUGUCAUGUGAUGUGUUACUGAACAGAAUGGAGAUGCAUAUAUACCUUGAUGCUUUAUUGGGUCAAAACAGUCCCACUACUGCAGCGAAAAAUCAAAACAUCGAUUUGCAUUGUACAGUCAUGUGCAUUUGUACAUAUUGUAAUUCAAUUUGCUUAGUAGGAUGCAUUCUGAAGCUCUUGUGGAGGCCUAUUAAAUGGUAUAUGCUCAGAUGUAUAGGACAGACUGAAAUCGGCAGAAAAGCAAUUCAUAUAAAUAUGAGUACAACAUUGAUGACAUGCAUAAAUAUUAUUAUUGUAUCUCAUGAUGUGCAUGGGGCCGGUCUCAUUGCUUUUAGCACUUGUAUAAAAACAGAAUACUCUCAACAGCUGGACAUAAUUCUCUUUUAGGAUUAGUUGAAUAUAAGCUUGUUGACUAUAGCAAAACUAGUGACACAGAAAUUGAGAGUGCAGCAUCAAUUAAACAAAUCGAUAUGCUGUCUAGAAGUAUUCUCGACUGGUUAGUACUGUUACUGACCCUAGCUACUGUUACCAGGAGCGAGCACUAUCACAUUGCCCCGGUAGAUUCAACUGAUUUGUGUAAUGGAUAUCGAAAUGGAACUUGUUUCACUCUCGAACAGCUUGUUCAAACAGACCUGUUAUCUGGUGGAGACAAUCUCACCUUGAGCUUUCUACUUGGAGAUCAUGUGCUAACUGAGCAGUUAUUGAUUCAUAACUUCUCACAUGUGCAAAUCACCGGCAAAAACACAACUGUAGUUGGAUUCCAUAGUAGUACGAUACUUUUUGUUAGUAUUACUCAAUUGAGCAUUGAAAACUUGAGUUUUGUUGGAGCGAAUAUGCGACCUCAAAACACUGAUCAAAGUUUGAUCAUCAUUGACGAUGCCAACAAUACCUAUAUAAAAAACUGCUACUUUAUGGACUUUGAAUUACUCAAUCAGGCGGAAACCCACAUAGUUAAGAUUGCUAAUACUCAAACUGUAUCAAUUGAGAGCACUCUCUUUAUGAACAACACUGGUCGGGCACUGCACAUUGAGGCUGAUGGUGUGUACAUAACAAAUAGCGAGUUCAGUAGAAAUGAUGGAGGAGUUUAUAUUAAAUCAAACAACGUACUGAUCAACAACACGGAGUUUAACUGUAACAUUGCUGAAUACGGAGGAGCAGUAAAAGUGGUAUCUAGUACUGUAGUGAUCACUCGGUGUAACUUUACAAAUAACAAAGCUUCUCAGUAUGGUGGAGCCAUUCAUGUUCACUCAGGUAGUGUGUCCAUCUUCAACAGUGAGCUGACAAACAACAGAGCUGACUUUGGUGGAGGGAUUGGUGUAUUUAACUCAGGUAGUGUGUCUAUCUCCAACAGUGAGCUGACAAACAACAAUGCUGACUCUGAUGGUGGAGCGAUUAGUGUUUACUCAGGUAGUGUGUCCAUCUCCAACAGCGAGCUGAUAACCAACAGUGCUGACCGUCAUGGUGGAGCGAUUCGUGUUUUCCACUCAGGAAAUUUGUCUAUCUUCAACAGUGAGCUGACAAACAACAGAGCUGACUACGGUGGAGCGAUUAAUGUUUACUCAGAUAGUGUGUCCAUCUCCAACAGUGAGCUGACAAACAACAGUGCUAAUUAUGGUGGAGCGAUUUAUGUUUACUCAGAUAGUGUGUCCAUCUCCAACAGUGAGCUGACAAACAAUAGUGCUAAUUAUGGUGGAGCGAUUUAUGUUUACUCAGAUAGUGUGUCCAUCUCCAAUUACAGUGAGCUGACAAACAAUAGUGCUAAUUAUGGUGGAGCGAUUUAUGUUUACUCAGAUAGUGUGUCCAUCUCCAACAGUGAGCUGACAAACAAUAGUGCUAAUUAUGGUGGAGCGAUUUAUGUUUACUCAGAUAGUGUGUCCAUCUCCAACAGUGAGCUGACAAACAAUAGUGCUAAUUAUGGUGGAGCGAUUUAUAUUUACUUAGGUAGUGUGUCCAUCUCCAACAGUGAGCUGACAAACAAUAGUGCUAAUUAUGGUGGAGCGAUUUAUGUUUACUCAGAUAGUGUGUCCAUCUCCAACAGUGAGCUGACAAACAAUAGUGCUAAUUAUGGUGGAGCGAUUUAUAUUUACUUAGGUAGUGUGUCCAUCUCCAACAGUGAGCUGAAAAACAAUUUUGCUGAUUUUGGUGGAGCAAUUGGUGUUGCCUCAGGUAGUGUGUCUCUCUCCAACAGUGAGCUGACAAACAACAGAGCUGACUUUGGUGGAGCAAUUGGUGUUGCCUCAGGUAAUGCAUCCAUCUCCAACAGUGAGCUGACAAACAACGUUGCUAACUAUAGGGGUGGAGCAAUUAGUUUUGGUGCCUCGGGUAGUGUGUUUAUCUCCGACAUUGAGCUGACAUACAACAGUGCUAAUGAGGGUGGAGCGAUAUACAUUUUACUAUCUUCCAGCUUGAUCAUCCGAAACACUGACAUUACUAAUAACAUAGGCAGUUUGAACAUUCAGCAGUCAAAGGUGAUAUUCACUGGAAUGAAUAUUGUCAGCAAUAACAAUGUCCCCAUUAACGCUUUCAGUAGUCAAGUCGAGUUUAAUGGGCCUACAACAGUCAGUAACAAUCGUGGUAUGCUUGGAGGAGCCAUCAGCGCUGACCAGAGUCAAAUGUACAUUAACACAGAAGGAGUGAUCAUCACCAACAACACGGCUACCUUUGGAGGAGGAAUAUUUCUGAAAGAGAGUAAACUCUUUGUAAAUGAGCCAAUAAAAAUAUAUCACAACACAGCACAGGAUGGUGGAGGGAUUUAUGCAUACUCUAGCAAAGUUGAGUUCCAAUCAGUGCAGAUGGUAGAUGAAUAUGGUGAUCCACUUCCUCCAAAUAAACAAAGUGAGAUUGCUCACAACAUUGCUGAGAAUAAUGGUGCAGGUAUUUAUGCAGACUCUUCUACUAUAGAACUUAGACAAUCAUACGUCAACAUUUGUUCAAACACAGCAGCCACUAAUGGGGGUGGAGUGUAUCUCCAGCAGAGCUCGAAACUGUAUCUAUUAAAAAAGGAUAAAGAAUUUCAAAGUUCGCCUCAAGAUCAUUUAUAUAUCAAGUUAACGAUUAACAACAACUUGGCUCAGUACGGAGGGGGAAUAUUUGUGGCAGAUGACACACAAAGGAGCGCAUGUGGAGGAGGGGUCACAGAAGAUAAUAAUACUCACACCAUUUUUGCUGGCUGCUUUAUUCAAACAAUUCAACUGUAUAAGGGGGACAGAUAUAAUAGUCUGAACUAUUUCAACACAUUUAUGAAUAAUAACACGGCUACCCAGUUAGGAGCAGACAUCUACGGAGGUCUGUUGGACAGAUGCACAGCAAAUCAAAAUGCCGAAUAUCACAAUUCUUCAAAUGGAUUGGAAUAUAUUAGAAAAAUCAUAGAAUUCUCCACCAAAUUAUCUAUAUCCACUACACCUAUUGAAGUAAUUGUUUGCAACAAAUCACAUAUUUAUACAAGAAAGGGACACACGUUUAAAAUCAGUGUUAUGGCUGUUAACAAAUUUGGAAAUCCAAGAAAUGCCAUAAUUCGCAGUUCUGUUGUCAGUGAGAGUAGAUUUGAUCGUCUCAAAGAAGGACAGGCAAAACAGAAAGUUAGCAUUCAGUGCACAGAAUUAGAGUACAAUGUAUUCUCACGAAACAGCUCUGCUCAAGUGGAGCUCUAUGUCGAGAGAAGUCCAUACAGCAAUUUAAAAAUUUCAAGUCAAUUUAUUAAUAUUUCAUUUCAACCCUGCACAUGCCCUAUUGGACUCAAGCCAAUUCAGUCUGAUACUGAGUGCAAGUGUGACUGUGAUCCAGACUUGCAACAAUACCAGAUAAUAAACUGUUCUGAGGAAAAUGGUACCAUAAAGCUGGAAAGUAAUAACAACAUAUGGAUAGGAGUCACUAAUACCACCAUUGGAAGUGGGUAUGUUGUUAGUAACUGUACAUUUGACUAUUGUGUACAAAAACCAGUCAUCAUCAGUCCAAGUUGCCCUGACGAACAGUGUGCCUACAAUCGAAGUGGUGUCUUGUGUGGAGAAUGUAAAUCAAAUUUCAGUUUUGUGUUAGCAACGUCAAACUGUAAAGAAUGCUCUGAUACUUCCCUUCUUCUACUAUUCCCAUUUGCGCUGGCUGGCAUAUUGCUAGUUGCUUUAAUUAUUGUGCUGAACAUCACUAUAGCAACUGGAAAUAUUCAUGGCCUCAUUUUUUACACCAACAUAGUAGCAGCUAAUAAAGCAAUUUUCUUUCCUAGUUUAAAUAAUUUUGUAACAGUUUUCGUAUCAUGGGUGAAUCUUGAUUUAGGUAUUGAGACAUGCUUUUACAACGGAAUGACCUCUCAAGCAAAAGCGCUCCUUCAACUUGUCUUUCCCACUUACUUGUUUUUUCUAAUGUUUCUUAUUAUCAUUUUGAGCAAGUACUUUGACUCAUUUUCAAAACUCCUCUCCAACAAGAACCCAGUUGCUGCCCUAGGCACACUCAUCUUAUUCUCUUAUUCCAAGCUCUUGCGGUUUGUAAUUGCUGCACUACAAUUCACAAAAUUGCAUUACCCCGACAGUUCAACCAAGAUUGUUUGGCUGUAUGACAGUAAUGUGGAAUACUUCACUCCCAAACACGUCCCUCAGUUUUUUGCUGCAGCCAUAAUCCUCAUUGCCGGUGGAUCGUUCACCGUGCUGCUGUUCUUUGGGCAAUGGUUUCCACGCUGUUCCAAGGUUAUGAAGUGGACCAAUAACACAAAAUACAUUGGCUUCAUGGAUGCAUACCAUGCUCCAUUCACUCCCAAGCAUCGCUACUGGGUGGGACUGCUCCUCUUUGCUCUGAUUGCUCACAAUCUUGUCACUGCCAUGGCUCCAAACACUUCUCUACCUGUUCUAUCAUCUGGAUGUAUUGCAUUUGGACUGAUAUCAUUAAACAACCGUGUGUACAAAAAGCAAUUUAAUGAAUAUCUAGAAACAGUAUUUCUGCUUAAUCUCGGCAUUCUAUCUAUUGGUACUUUAUACGUUGCUGAAAUACACCAACAGCAAGAAACACUGACCAUUGUUUCGAUGUCUAUAGCUUUUAUUCUCUUUGUGACAAUCAUCAGCUACCAUUCCCACCACUUCAUACUAAAGAAGACCAAAAAAUGGCUCAAGAUAAAGGAAGUCGUAAAGAACUGCACAACUGGUGCUGCAUACAAAAAUAACCGAGAACCUAACAAUGCCAUGGUAAUGCAUCAGUUUGCAGCAAAUGAAAUUGAUCACGAUGACAAUGAACGACUUAUAGUUGAGCAAAUAGACAUUGUGGACACACCACCUUACACUGAUGGAGCCAUGGAAGAAGCUGACUCUGAUCGUUACAACACUCCUCUCAUCAUCAGACCAGCCACGAGACCUGACCAGCUGAGAGAGCCUGCCCUGGACGUACUAGCCCCCCUCACCGCAGAUGACUACAGACCAGCCCCUCUCCCUACAAGAGUCAACCAUCGUCCUGUUGUUACACGCACAGAAAUAGGCCCCAUACGCAUUGAAGUGUGAACUGUCUUAUUAAGUUAACCGAAUACUUUUAGAUAAAGUUUUUAGGCAUUGUAUAUAGUCACAACAGUUACUGUCGUUGGCAAUUGGAACGAUAAAUAUUUUUGUAGAGAUAGCUAUUAUAAUUGCUAUAUUAAAUCUCAAUCCACAUUAUGAGGUCAAUUAGGAC